UGAAACCCAUUUCAGAACCGGACCUCAACGCUGCAGAAAAAACCCAUUUGAAGACCCAUUUCAAAGCCGCACCUUCACGCUGCAGAAGGUUUUCGUCCAUUGGUUCAAGCUGCAGAAGCUCAGCGUCCAUUGUUGAGUUCAUAUCGUCUCAUCAUGGAAAAAGGGGAAGAACACUCAUCUCCCCUAACACCAUCUAGCUCAAAUCUCCCAACCACGGGCAUACCGUCAACUUCUCUAACAUUCAGAAAUUACAUGCACAUGCACGGUUACUAUGGAGAACUUCCUACGUUGUCACCAGGUCUAAUGCAACAGCCAGAUGGCUACCAAUAUCCAUUCAAUAUUCAAGAGUACGAUGCUGGUUACCCAACUUCUGUUAUGACUACUGGAUCCGCCGCAAACAAAAAAGAUGAUAUAGAAGACUUGUCUCCCGAAACUGAUAUCCCAUGUACCUCCGCUGAAGUUGAAGAAAGCGGAAAAGAUAGAGCUGAUGGUAUGGAAACCACCACGGAUGUCGUUGCCGAGACAGCUCAGUUAGAUGAUGGAGUUGGUGGUGACACGAUUGAGGAGCCCAAGUCGAAGAUGGGGUUUAAUUCUUUUGAAGAGAUGUUCUUUGGGAUGGAUGGAUCACAACCAAUUGAUGGAUCACAACCCAUAGAUGGUCAGUGA